GUCUUUUCCUCUUUCUCACCUUCGCCAGUUUUCUAUGUUUCUUCCCCAGUCUAUCUAAGCCAUAAAUUGAACCUCUAAUAACAUAAACUUUUGACUUGCUUCAUUAUCGUCUCCACCUCUCUCCUUAACGGUAUAUACUACGAAAAUCAAUCAUAGUAUUCUAACCUCCUGCUUUGUUUGAUUGCUUCCAUGUCAGUCGGCUUCCUUAAGAUAUAUCGGAUUCUACUUCUUCCCUGGAAAAUUGAAGGGGUUUCGAGUGAAGAUGAAGGAGAUGCAGGCAAUAGAGACGUCACAGCCGACGGUGGCUCCGCCGGCGGUGCACAGCCGACAGCUAGGAGCUCAGCUGUCGGGAAGCAUGAGUUUUAGCAGCCAAAUGACGAAGGAAGACGAGGAGAUGUCGAGGACGGCUUUGUCUGCUUUCAGGGCGAAAGAAGAGGAGAUCAAGAAGAAUAAGAUGGAGAUUAGGGAAAGGGUUCAAGCUCAGCUUGGUCGUGUCGAAGAGGAGACUAAGCGUCUCGCUUUGAUCCGUGCGGAACUUGAAGGUUUAGCUGACCCCAUGAGGAAAGAAGUUGCUUUGGUCAGGAAGAAGAUUGAUUCUGUCAACAAAGAGUUAAAGCCUUUGGGUCAUACUGUUCAGAAAAAGGAACGAGAGUACAAAGAAGCUCUUGAAGCAUUCAACGAAAAGAACAGGGAGAAGGUGCAGCUAAUCACCAAGCUUAUGGAG